AUGGAUGUUCAUAAACGGUCCGCGUCGUCGCCAAAAGUUUCAGCCAUGGAAGAAAAGGGCCACAUUGACCCUAUCCAUGAGAACUUCGUCAAUCAUGCUACAUUCGACGAAGAAAACGACGGGCUUCUUCCUACUUCAUUGCCGAGAAAUGCCACGCCGUCGGGGCCUGCGCUGUCUGGACCAGCCAAACUCCCUAGGAAAGACCUUUUGAAUUUCAUCGUGCUUAUUGUGUUGUAUACGCUACAAGGAGUGCCCGUAGGACUAGCAUUUGGAUCUGUUCCAUUCAUUUUAAAGGGCAAAGUAUCAUACUCACAAGUGGGAAUCUUCACGCUUGCGUCGUAUCCAUAUUCAUUGAAACUCUUAUGGUCUCCAAUCGUGGAUGCCAUUUACAGCAGGAAGCUAGGACGCAGAAAAUCAUGGAUUCUUCCAGUUCAACUCGUCUCGGGCUUCACACUCUUGUACUUGGGAAUGGUCAUCAACGACCUCAUGGAGGAUCCGGCCAAAUAUUUGUCCAAAAUCACCUUCUGCUUCUUCUUGUUGGUGUUUCUCUGCGCUACGCAAGAUAUUGCUGUGGAUGGAUGGGCAUUGACAUGCUUAUCGCCGGAAAGUUUGCCUUUUGCGUCCACGGCCCAGACAAUUGGCAUGAACUGUGGCUAUUUCCUGAGUUUCACGGUGUUCUUAGCAUUGAGUUCGCCUGAUUUCGCCAAUAAAUACUUGAGAAAAGUACCCAUCGACAAAGGUUUGUUCGAUUUAGGUGGUUACCUUGCUUUCUGGGGAUGGCUGUACUUGGCAGUGACCUUAGUUAUGUACUUUAUUCCCGAGGAACCUCCACAUUUGCGUGGAAGAAGUUUCGACAAGCUCUCCACCAGCCACUACAAGGAUGAAGACUACCACAACCGUCCCAAUGAAGGCAGCCAAAGGUACUUCCACGACUUGAAGCACGUUUACAGCUCCAUGAUUCAGGUGUUAAAGCUUCCGAAUGUCCAGACAUUUGUCGUCAUUCUCUUAUUUGCGAAGUUGGGAUUCCAAGCCAACGAGGCUGCCACCAACUUGAAAUUAUUGGAAAAAGGCUUCUCUAAGGAAGAUCUCUCUAUCACAGUUCUCAUUGACUUUCCCUUUGAAAUGAUCUUUGGGUAUUAUGCGGGCCGGUGGUCUUCUGGAAAGAGUCCAUUACGUCCGUGGCUCUUUGGCUUUGCCGGUCGUUUGGUAGCUGCUCUUUGGGCGCAUUUGAUCUUGCUUUCCUUUCCCAAAAUAGAGAACGGUCAGAUCUCGUUCAAAUUGUUCCUCCUCAUCAUCGUCCAACAUUUGCUAGGCUCGUUCAUGUCCACCAUUCAAUUUGUCUCUCUCUGUGCGUUCCACACCAAGAUUGCAGAUCCUGCCAUUGGUGGAACCUAUAUGACCACAUUGAACACACUCUCUAACUACGGAGGAACAUGGCCAAGGUUGAUCAUCUUCUACUUGAUUGACAAGUUCACUGUUGCAACAUGUAAGACACCAGCCUCAGAGUACUACCUCAAUAGCGAGGAACAGAAACAAGAAUGCAUUGGUGCCAAUGGCACCGUUCAUAUCAUUAGAGACGGAUAUUUCUACACCAGUGCCAUCUGUUUGACUGCUGGAGUAUUCAUUUGGUUCUGGGUCAAGAGAAAAGCCACCUACUUGCAAACACUCCCUCCCAGUGCAUGGAGAGUAAAGAAGUAA